CUCCAAACUCCAAGUCACGUGACUGAUAUUCCAUCCUCGCCAUUUUGCAAUGUGGGAGAGAGAGAGAGAGAGGGAGGCCACUUCUUUUCUUUUUAUGACUGAACGAAUAAAACAAAGCAGUUUUAUGUGUUGAGGACAAAGAGCGACGAGUCUUUCUGUGUCAGUCAUGGAGGAGAUCAGCAAUGUAGCUGUUCUCAUCACACACUCCUCCACUGCCAGCUCUUCCUCCUCCACUCCGUCAGCACUGGGAUCCCUCUCUCAAACCCGAACCCAGCCAGAGGCAGAGGAGGACGCCUCCCACAGUUUUCAGCAAAAACAAGCUACAGAUUCCCUCAUACAGGUGAUUGAGAAGCUCAGCAAAAUCGUGGAGAAGCGGCCCCAGCGCCGCUGCUCCUUGGCGGGACAGAAAAGGGGAGGAGGAGGAGGUGAGGAGGGGACGAGGGGGAGCAGAGGAGGCUCUCCCAUAAAGAAAAUUAAGAGGAACUGUAAAGGGCAGGAGAACGCAGAGGAGGUGCAAUUAGAUGGCAGCACGGCUGGCGCUGCUCUUUCUUCACCCGUGUCAGGUGACGAUAACAACAACAACAUUGCCUCCAGGGUCACGGAGGUAGCUGACAACCCCAACAGCGGCGACCACAGGCGGACAGUGACGUGCUAUCAGUGCAGCCUGUGCCCCUAUCUCUCCCAGACGCUGCCCCUGCUGAAAGAGCACCUGAAGCAACACAACGAGCAGCACAGUGACCUCAUCCUCAUGUGCUCCGAGUGUCGCUUCACCUCCAGAGACCAGGGGCAGCUGGAGGAACACGUCAGGCUGCACUUUGGUAAAUGCAAGGAAGAGGUUUUAAGUAAGCAGGAUGGGGAAUGGACUGGGAGCGGUGGCAGCAUAGGAACCGAGGUGAUUAAAAGCUCGUUGGAGCUACCACAGAAGAAGAAAUGGUAUAGCUACGAGGAGUAUGGAUUGUACCGCUGCCUGAUCUGCAGCUACGUGUGCAGCCAGCAGCGAAUGCUCAAGACCCACGCCUGGAAGCACGCCGGCCUGGUCGACUGCUCUUACCCCAUCUUCGAGGAUGAAGACGGGGCGACCCCGAGGAGAGACGUCCAGGCUGCAGCGAACACUGCUGCAACCACAGAGGAAGUAGUUGUCCUUUCCCCUGUUCUUCAAGAUAAAAGCAUGCAAAAGCUGCCCUUCAAGCUCCAGCUCUGCAUGCCAGUGGAUGUUGAGAACAAACGGGACGUGCUGAAUCAUCCGGUUUCCGAUCUCAAUGAAAGUCUAAAGACGGAAGAGGAGGAAAGCGUGUACCCCAUCAAAGACCUGACCUCCGAGGUGCCCAUGGUGGAGGUGCAGGUGACGACGGAGGCAGAGUCUGAGGCGGAGAUUGAUAACGCUUCCAUCGCGGACAGCUUACUGUCAUCAGCUCAGAAGAUCAUCAACAGCAGUCCCAACAGUGCCGGCCACAUCAACGUGAUUGUGGAGCGCCUUCCGUCAGCUGAGGAUUCAGUCAUGGCGACUAACCCACUUCUUCUCAGCCCAGACGUGGACGGGGACAAGAGCUUACUGGAUGCAGAGGUGAAAGAGCGGGAUCAUGUGGUACCUGUAAAGGAUGAGGUGGCCCCUGACAGCCAGCCUUUAGGAGCUGAAAUUAAACCCUCUGUGGGUAGCGACUCUCCACGUGAUGAGAACAUUCCCCCGGCUGGUCGCAAGAGGACACAUUCUGAGUCUCUCCGCCUGCACUCUCUGGCGGCUGAGGUCCUGGUAGCUAUGCCUAUGAGGACCUCCGAACUCCCCACUGCCAGCACCAGGGUAUGUCUGAAGACAGUCGCAGCCCAGGCACAGAGCCCAGACACGGGCCAGAAACUCAUAGAGGUGACUACAGCUGGACAGACGGCUUCUGACGUAGAGACGACAGCAGCUCUGUUGGACUUGGAGCUUCACGGCGAGGGCAGAGAGGAAGAUCUGGGGUCCCUGUGCCUGGGGGAGGGAGACGAGGAGGGCCCUGCAACCAAAGCAGGCAUCAGCCUGUCGCUGCUCACCGUCAUCGAAAGACUCAGAGAGCGCUCGGACCAGAACGCCUCAGAUGAGGAUAUCUUAAAAGAGCUCCAGGACAACGCUCAGUUCCAAAACGGAGCCGUGGCCGGCGUGGUCACAGGCAACGGAAUGGACGGGUUGGUCGCCUCUCCUGAUGGCGGUCUGGUGGACUACAUCCCCGGCAGUGAAAGGCCAUACCGUUGCCGCCUGUGUCGCUACAGCAGCGGCAAUAAGGGCUACAUUAAACAGCACCUACGGGUGCACAGGCAGAGACAGCCGUAUCAGUGUCCAAUCUGUGAGCACAUCGCAUCGGACAGUAAGGACCUGGAGAGCCAUAUGAUCCACCACUGUAAGACCAGGAUGUACCAGUGCAAGCAGUGCCCAGACGCCUUCCACUACAAGAGUCAGUUAAGAACUCAUGAAAAGGAGCACCACAGCUUCAGUGAUGACAUGGCAGCCCUCACCCCAGUCACUGAGACCGUGGCCAUGGUGGAGGAAGCUGAGCGGGUAACGGAUGAAGAAUGUGGUAUGCAGAAGAUGUACAAGUGCGACGUGUGCGAUUACACCAGCUCGACAUACGUUGGAGUGAGGAACCACCGUCGGAUUCAUAACUCUGACAAGCCUUAUCGGUGCUGUAGCUGUGAUUUUGCCACCACCAACAUGAACAGUUUAAAGAGCCACAUGAGGAGGCACCCUCAGGAGCACCAGGCCGUGCAGCUGCUGGAGCAGUACAGGUGCUCUCUGUGUGGCUAUGUGUGCAGUCAUCCGCCGUCACUCAAAUCCCACAUGUGGAAGCACGCCGGAGACCAGAACUACAACUACGAGCAAGUUAACAAAGCCAUUAACGAGGCCAUCUCCCAGAGCAGCCGGGCUCCUCAGAAGCUGUCCGCGGUGCUGGAGUCGGUGGCAGAGCGCCCUGCGGUGGCCCAGCCCUCAAAGGACAAAGCAAAGGGCCCAGCGGAACCACUGCCAACACCCACAUCAACGACAGCAGCUGGCCUGGCUGUGGACAGCUCGGCGGGCCUACCCACACCCACCACAGACCCUUCACAGUUGCCCGGUGAAUCCCCGAGCCCCCAGGGGAAGGACCCUGCACAGCUCCAGUCUCAGUCCCAGAGCCAGCCGCGCGCCGGCCCGGCCCCCGCUGCGGGGGCGGGGCCGGGGCCGGGGCCGGGUCCCGGCAUGGAAUACUGUGUGCUCCUCUUCUGCUGCUGUAUCUGCGGCUUUGAGUCCACCAGUAAAGAGCGGCUGAUGGAGCACAUGAAGGAGCACGAGGGAGACAUCAUCAGCAUCAUUCUCAACAAGGAGCAGCAGCAGCAGCAGCAGCAGCAGCAAGCAGAAGCACAAACAGCAGAGUGAGACCUGCCCUUCCCUCCCUCUCUUUAUAUUAACACUGACCCUGCACUCUCACAAUGAGCUGCUGCCCACGAAA